AAUUUCUUUGAAAGCUACAUUUCUGUGGCUUCCACUGUGCCUUCUGUCCUGAGCUUGAUUGGGAACUUCCUGCUAGUCAACAAGAUUUCUGUCAAUGUCCGUAUUCUCUCCUCCUUGGCUGUCAUGCUGGCCGUCUUCCUGGUGAUCACUGUGCUGGUUAAAGUGGACACUUCAGCUUGGACAGUCGGGUUUUUCAUAAUCACCAUCGUUUGUGUGGCUGUCAUCAGCAGCGCUGCCACCAUCUUCAUCAGCAGCGUCUUUGGCUUGUCAGGAUCCUUUCCCAUGAGGAAUUCCCAAGCACUGAUUUCAGGGCAGGCCAUGGGAGGAACUUUGAGUGCCUUGGCUUCAGUGGUGAAUCUGGCAGCAGCAUCGGAAGUCACAAACAGCACUCUGGCCUACUUCCUGAUAGGGGACAUCUUCAUUGUGUUGUGCAUUGUGAUGUAUCUGAUUCUCCCCAAGCUGGAGUACGCCAGGUAUUACACUGCAACGCUGUCACCAAAUGCUUUACCCAGCAGUUACUUGGAGGAAGAGGAUGUGGCAGCAGAUAAUCCCAGCCAGCUGUUGCCAAACAGAAACUAUACUGAUCAAAUCCCUCCUCUGUGGCUCAUCUUGAAGAAGAUUGGCAUGUUAGGUUUCUGUGUCCUCUACGUCUACUUCAUCUCGGUCACCAUUUUCCCUGCAAUCUCAUCCAGCAUUGAGUCUGUGAACAAAUUCUCAGGGAGCCCCUGGACAGAUAAAUACUUCACACCUAUCACUAGUUUCCUUCUGUACAAUUUUGCUGACUGGUGUGGGCGGCAGAUCACCGCAUGGGUCCAGGUUCCUGGACCACGAAGCAAGUGGCUACCAGCUAUGAUUUUGCUGAGAACUUGUUUCAUCCCCCUCUUCAUGUUAUGCAACUAUCAGCCUCGAACGCACAUUGCAAAAGUCACCUUUGCCCAUGACGUGUAUCCAGUGGUGUUUAUUGUGUCGCUAGGACUCAGCAAUGGCUACCUGAGUACCUUGUCGAUCAUAUAUGGUCCCAAAGUCACUCCGAAGGAACUGUCAGAGGCAGCAGGAGUGUUGAUGAUGCUCUUCAUGCAAGUGGGGUUAGCACUAGGAUCGGGCUUCUCGGUUCUUGUUGUCCAUCUCAUAUAGAUGGGAGAUUUCAAGCCUGGAACUUCACUACUACGAGGUCAUUUUCAAAAAGACAGAGCAAACACUGGCCUACCAGUGGAGUAUUCCAUUAUUUAGGAAGUGGUGUAGGC